UAUGGUUCCAAGGAAAGAACAAACCCAACAGAAAGAGAAGACUUAGCUCAUCAUGGUAUUCUCAGCCAACCCAUUAUCCCUCAGCGUCUCCGACCCUUUCUUCGACUCAUGGCUCCGUCAAAACGGCUACCCUGAAAUCCUCGAGCACCGACCCACCUCCGCCACACCCACCACCGUCUCCGCCGCCACAACCUCCACCUCCGCCGCCACCUCAACCUCCACCUCCACCGCAAAUGGCUUCUUCACCUCACUCUACUCCACCGUCUGCAUCCUCCUCUCUCUCUUCGCCACCAACCCCUUCGCCAAGCUCACCAACGAGGACCUCGCCGCCCCUACGCCGCCGUGGCAAGCCGGGUUUAUUGGCGACUACGAGUCCUACUCGUUCCCGGUGUCUAGCUCUCAGGCCCAGUUGAGGGUCCAGGAGAAUGUGAAGAGAUAUGCUAGGAACUAUGCGUGGUUGUUGGUCAUCUUCUUCGCUUGUUCUCUAUAUCAAAUGCCAUUGGCUGCUGCUGGAUUGAUAUUUUGUUUGGCACUAUGGGAAACCUUUAAGCGCUGUGGUGAAAUGUGGGGACUGGAUCAGUACUCAACAAUUCAGCAAACCAUAAUACGUGUUGCUCAAUGUGUAGCUGCUGUUAUCCUGAUAUAUUCGGGUGUUCAAAUGGCUCUAUUCUCGGCACUUAGUGUCACUUAUGCAGGAAUGAUACUGCACGCCGGAUUUCGGACGCUGACUCGUGCAAAGCAAGCUUCUCGUGGUAGAUCGAGGUGAUAAGAUCUAAGCUUCUUUAGCAAUACAAUCAAAAGGGCUAGAGUCGAACGCUUGAGCUAUAGUGAUGGUCCCAUCAUUUGAGAAAUAGAGAAAAAUAGGAUGUAAUGUCCUGAUAUUGUUGGUGUCACCAAUGCUCAUUUUGAUUCUUAUUUUCAACCGUUAGGAACAAAAUUUUCCUAAGCAGAAAAAAUGGAACGAAUCAUGCAGUGAUAGUUUGUCUGAUAGCAUGCAGGUGUAAAUUAAUUAAUUAGUUAUUUUGUGUCUAAAUUUCGUGAAUUUUGAAA